AAAUUCAUGAUGGACACUUCAGGCAAAGUAAUCACAUGCCGGGCAGCCGUUGCCUGGAAAACAGGUUCUACUCUUGCAAUUGAGGAAGUACAAGUUGAGCCACCAAAGGCUCAGGAAGUUCGUAUUAAGGUGAUAUCGACAGGGAUCUGCGGUACUGAUGAUCAUGCACUGAAAGGAUUACUCUCAGCAAACUUCCCUUUAAUCCCAGGCCAUGAGGGCGCUGGGAUUGUGGAGAGUAUUGGCAAAGGAGUGAGCUCAAUGAAACCAGGAGAUAAAGUCCUCAUACUUAUUAUACCACAGUGUAGAGAAUGCAGCGCCUGCUUGCAUCCCGAGGGAAACUUCUGUGAGAAGCAAGACGUUCUACCUUCUUCUGGAUUAAUGCUGGACGGGACUAGCAGAUUUACCUGCAAAGGAAAAAAGAUUUAUCACUCCUUCCGUGCAAGCACUUUCACUGAAUAUACUGUUGUACCUGAGAUUGCAGUGGCAAAAAUUGAUGCUGCUGCUCCUAUGGAUAAAGUCAGUAUCAUAAGCUGUGAGGUGCCUACAGGUUAUGGGGCCGCUGUAAAUUCGGCCAAGGUUACCCGCGGUUCCACCUGUGUGGUCUUUGGACUUGGUGGAAUCGGUUCAGCCAUUGUCAUGGGCUGUAAAGCAUCUGGUGCUUCUAGGAUCAUCGGGAUUGACAUCAAUGAGGAAAAGUUUCCCCGGGCAAGAGCGUUAGGGGUCACUGAUUGUCUCAACCCUCAGAACCUCAAGAAACCUGUCCAGGAGGUGGUGAUGGAAAUGACAGGAGCUGGUGCUGACUUUGCUUUUGAAGCCAUUGGACUCACUGAUACGAUGAUUGCUGCUUGGGAUUCCUGCCAUCGGAGCUAUGGUGUCUGUCUGAUCGUUGGGCUGGCUCCAUCCAGUUCAAAGCUUUCCCUGAAAGCAUCAGAAAUUGUCUCUGGACGGACACUGAAGGGUGUGUGUUUGGGAGAUUAUAAAACCAGAGACUGUACUCCCCAACUAGUGAUUGAUUACCUGCAAAAUAAAAUUAAUAUAGACCCCUUAAUAACUCAUCAGUUGCCUUUUGACCAACUCCACAAAGCUUUCGAGUUAUACCAUGCUGGAAAAACCACCCGCUGUAUUCUGCUGUUCUGA